CACUUUUCUCUGUUUGUAGCACUGGAACUACUCCAACUACUCAGGCUUCGUCAAAUACAUCAAGGUUCACAGUCCCAUUGGUGCUCCGGGUCAUAAUAAUUAUUUGCUGAAUGCCCUGAAACUUUAUGUACGUAAAAAAGAGAGACUUUUGCAAUCCCUACGGAUUAAUCUGCGUCGCCAUGGUUACGAACACAUGUCGCAUCUUCAUCGCUGAAUCGUGAUGUUUUCUUGUUCAUGAAUAUUUGUACGUGUAUGGUACAAAGGAGUUGUGCACUAACAGCAUUAUCGAUUCGUUCCUUUCAUGCAAUGCUUUGUACAAAUCCAAUUCGUAAAGUUUCACAACGAAAUUCUGCGAAUCACAAUGAAACCGCUGAGACCCAGAACGAUAUACGGAGGCGCGAUCCUCCUCGGCGUUUUCUUUGCUGCGAGGAGUGCCAACGCGUUCUCACGAGCUCUUCAACUCGUUGCUAAAAACCAUGCAAUGAAAAGCGGUCGAGAGACACAUACGCACGUUCAUCACGGCAUUGGAAGACGGCAUCCCAAACCAGUCACUCGAACCAAAAACGACGCUCCUAGAACCGUCUCUGCGUUGGUUGUUGAUCCUUUCUCUUCCACCGAAACGCUAUCGGUCCUUGGUGAUUCUCUUCGGAAUAUGGGGAGGGACCAAGCGGAGCAGCUUGCGGGGCCUUUUUUUGGGGCCUCUCUCUUCCCCUACCUGGCCUUUUUGUGGCUGCUGGCAAGGGACGAAAACGAGUGUCCGAAGGGGGUCACGGUCGGGUUUGCCACGUGCCUGCUCUUUGUUUUUUUGACGAUCCCGGCAGCCAUCGCUGCACAGGUACUGUACGGUGUGUCCCUGGCCGAUAGCGAUUGGCUCCACGGAUCUGCAGAAUCCCUGCUCACCGUCACCAACCUAGUCACCGUGGUUGCAUUUCGACAGGCCCUGGAGUCUAAGGAGAAAGAUGUUGCGAUGCCCUCAUCGGCGACGAGCUGGAGCCCAAUGGUAUGGCUAGUUGUGGCUCUAACUGCAUUGGUGUCGGUGACCGCUCUGGUUCCUGCCGUGUCGGAUCCUUUGGUGCACACGAGGUAUCUGGGUGGCUUUAUGGACCUGCCGAAUGGCUUCUUCGAUUCCCUCGGGGCGAACCCCGAGCCUGAAAACGCGCUAUCGAUUACCACCUGGAUUAUCCAUGUCUCUAGUCUAGUGGAAUUUCUAGUAGCGAUGGGCUUUGCCUGGCGGUGGGCCACGGUGGUUGACAACCCAACCUGGAAGGGCCUCACGUGGGGGCUCCUCCCGCUCCAUAGCUCCGGGAUCACGGCAUGCACAUACCACAUCUUCUACAACCGGAUCCCGAUACUGGUGCCCCUUCAAGCCUUCCUGACGUGUGUCGGGAAUACAACCGCUGCGCUCGCAACGUAUCGGAUUGCGCGGUCCAACGGAUGGAAACCCGAGGGCAUCAAUGAGCAGUGGAUCUUAUUCGCGGAUUCUCUCACCAAUGCCCCCACGACAGAGGAUGGCGACGCUUCCUCGGUGUCUGCCGAAGGAGAAGCAGAAACAUUGGUUGGCUUUGAGGACCUGGGGGAUGCACUCGCCGGAGACAACGACUACAGCUUCCUGAUCAAGCUCUUUGCGGGAUGUGCGGUAGCGUCCUACGUCAUCAAGUACGGGGAGAUAUAUUUCGACUUUUUUUACGAGGCGGAUCUGUGGGCGGGGCUAGCAUUUAUCUUUAUCCCGUCCGGACUGAACGCCUACAAGUGGUAUCGACGAGGACAGGACCCCAGUUUCGAGGGCUGGUUUUGAAGGGCCAACGAGCGAACGGUAUGUGAUGGGUUGCCCUGUGCCAAAACGCUAAGGCCAACUCCCUCCACAAAAACUGAAUAAAGGUUUCGGCAUCUUGGUGCGACAUGGUUUGUGCUUGCUCUCUCCACAGAUUGCUUGCUGCACAGUAGCUAAAUAGCGUUGCACGCAUAACUAUACCAAAUGUGUACUAUAACAUAGCGACUUAAAGCUAUCUGUUGCAGACUGUUCCAUAAGUUCAAACCGUAUGCCUACUACAUGAGUGCUCUUAUGAUAAAAACUGGCAGUGGAGAAAGGAUGCCAGAACAAAAAUGCCGUGAAGCUGCGAUAAGCUCUGAGGUUGUAGGAAGAGUCGUAAAUGUCAAACAUCUGCCGAUCGUGUCGACAAAAAUGAAUACUGAGUCUGCACACAAUUCUUCUCCAGCAAGCAAUCCGACAACACACAAAAUAACUAUUGGCCCAGUAA